AAAUGCACGUAAAACAGGUAUAUAAGGACUGCAAUCGUAUCCGCUUUCAUCGCCAAUGCUCAAUUUUAAUCUCAACCCCGAAACUCCUAUUUCCAACCAAUUCGACUAUUAUACAAAUCAUAAACAUCCAGAAGACACUCCACAAUGUCAAGCCUCUUAGAGCCCAUCAUUGUCGGCGGAAAGCUUCCGCUGAGAAACCGUGUGGUCAUGGGCUCCAUGACCCGGAACCGCUGCCUCGACCGAAUGCCCGGUGCAGCACAAGUCAAGCAUUACGCAGACAGAGCCAGGGACGGCGUCGGCCUGAUUGUGAACGAGGGCACCUUUGUAGACUGGACUGGCUGCGACUGGCAAUGGACGCCCGUCAUGAUCGAAAUGGAGCAUGCCGAUGCAUGGCGGAAAGUGACCGACGCCGUCCAUGAAGCCGGUGGGAAGAUUUUUUCCAAGCCUGGCACGCAGGGGCAUACGGAUAAUGUUGAGGAAAUCAAGAAUCCCCGUGACGUGAUCGAUACCUAUCGACACUCCGUGCUGCUGGCUAAACAUGCAGGCUUUGACGGCGUUGAGCUGCUGGCCCAAGGCGGUUACCUGUGCCAUCAAUUCCUCAACACUCGUUCAAACAAGCGAACAGAUAGCUACGGAGGUUCAGUCGAAAAUCGCUGCCGAUUCAUUCUUGAACUAGUCGACACCAUCAGUGAGAUCUUCGGUGGACCCGAGCUUCUCUGUGUCAAGAUCAACCCUACGGACACCUAUAAUGACUCCGCGACCACUUUUGAGGAGAUGAAAGAGACCUACACAUUCUUGAUCAAGGAGCUCGUCGCCUGCAGGGUGGGCAUCAUCAACAUCGGCCGCCGGGGGGCCGAUCCCAAUGCAGGAACAGGAGACUUCUUUGGACACGUCGGUCGACCUGAGGAGUUCCCUUUGCCUCUUGGUUACGACCCUGUCCUGGACUUUGGCCCGCUGGUCAAGUAUCCCGGCAGCCCGUCCUUGCUCAUGGCUAACCAUGAAUAUACACCUGAGGAGGCGGAUCGGCUGGUCAAAGAAGGGAAGCUGGACUUGAUAAACUUUGCGAGGCCCUUUAUCUAUAACCCUGACGUAAUCUCGCGCAUCAAGAAUGGCGUUACUUUCGCCCAGAAUGAUCGGGGCAAGACUGUGCACUACGGACCCUAUCGGGACCCGACGAGAACUACAAUGACUGGCCUGCUGCUUCUCUCUAGUACAUAAAGCAUUCGGGUAGAAGGGUAUGAGGAAGCUGCUGAGGGAACAAGAGACCCAAUUGAGG